AAAAAAGGCAAGCCGUGCGUUCGCUCAAACUCAAGCCGCGGCGAGCGGAAGCGGUGGGCGCGCGACGGCGGCGGCGGUUGGCCCUCUCGAGUCAUGGUGCUACUCGCCACCCUCUCGCGCGAUGCCGGAGCUCACCCGUGCCCUGCGCAGGAAUUCCAGGGGGAAGCAGGGCCGCCGCGCCCGCGCAGGCCGUCCGCGUUCUACAGCUCUGUGUUCGCGCAGAUCGAAGAGGUCGGGUGGGGGCAGCUGGUGAGCGCCGCAGGCGAUGAUGGCGUGUCGUGCCUCACCUUCCGCGUCAUGGAUGAGCAGCGACGGCACCAUUUACUGGAGAUCACACUGCCCAUGAACUACCCGACAUGCCCUCCUUCAAUUGCCGCGGAUGUUCCUUAUCUCCCCAAAUUACAGUGGUCAAAAAGCUCAAGACUGAAGGAUGUUCUCUGCCAGUUCCAAGAGCACCUGAAGGUAUUGCAAGAUUACUGGUCUACAAUGGAUGGCAUUGACAAGGCCCUUUGGGUUGUCGAUCCUACAAAGCCGACAUAUGCUAUGUCUCAUCGUCGCAUAGCUUUGGGUGAUGAUUGCUAUAUUUUACUACACGUUGAUGCACAGAAGCCCAACUCUUUACCAGAGUGCCGCUUCCUAGGCACAGAUGGGAAACUGGAAAGGCUGAUAAAGAAUUGGAGAAAAAAUCGUAAAAGAUGGAGUGCUGACAAAAAGUUCCAUGAAAACCUGUCAACCGUCCUAGAUUUUGCACUGCCGCAACCCCCUUCUAUGUGCAUCAAAGAUGACCAGCAAGCUGAUUGUGGGAUAUGUUACGCCACGCAUCUGCCAGUCGACGACGAACUCGGGACUCAGAGCGGGUGCGCGGCGGACUACAAGUGCGAAAACCCUAGCUGCAGCAGAGCCUUCCACUCGGUGUGCCUGAGAGACUGGCUGCGCACCAUUACCACAACAAGGCAGUCGUUUGAUGUUCUGUUCGGGAACUGCCCUUAUUGCAGCGAGCCUGUUGCUGUGAAGAGCACCGACAGCUGAACUUGGGUUUGGCAUUCACAAAUUGAGGCGCUGAGAUCAGAUCAUAUGUUUUUAGACAAUGACCUUCAAGCAGAAGCAGGUAAGAUUCCAGGUUUCAGACGGGCCAAUAAAAAGGAAGGGGGGAGAAAUCAGAGACAUCUAGGUUGAUGCGUCCGUCAGGUUUGUGCUAAAGGCAGGUCGUCAUGACCUAUACCGUCAUCAAUGGAGCUGCAAGAGGUCGAAAUUGCUGUUGGUUUCUACGAAAUUGGCGUCCACUUGUUCUAGAGGUGAAAGAAGUCAAUUGCUGAGCUUCUAGAGUUGCAAAUUGGUGUGUGUUACAUAGAAGUCAAUUGCUGAGCUUCUAGAGUUGCAAAUUGGUGUGUGCUACAUAGAUUUGGAACGGUGAAUGCGCAAUUGCUGACUGGUAUGGUUGGUAUGCA